AGAGAGGUCUUUUUCUCCUCUUCUAUUGAAUCUCAGAGCUGGCCGUGACGCGCGGCCCAGGGGGAAGACCACGUAGAUCUCACCAGAAUGCAACGACCAUCGAGGUUCCUCACCCGACGACUCGUGUAUGGGAACCACUGCGCGCACUUCCCCUUUUGAAGAGAACCCCGCUCCUUCUCCUCCUUCUUCUUGUUUCACUAUUUCUCCGAGAGACGCGGCGAAUGCGGUGAAAGCGGCGGAGACCCUCCGGAUCGCGAAAUGUUGGGAUGGAAGGCGCAGACUUUGACUCGCAGUCUCCGACAGGAGUAUGAAGUCCCACUUGGCGGGUGUGAGAUCUCCGAGAGUGAAACUCUGUUGCCUUGGGAUAUCGCUGCGCGCUUUCGGGGAGAUACUAUAAAGUGGGAAACGGUCUCGCAGUCCCCGCAACAUGGCCUCGGCCGCUAAUGCGCCUUCCGAGCAGGAAAACAGGGACCCCGAUCGGCCGAGGAUAACGCGGAGGAACCGGGGUGACUCUGCCCGCAACGCACCGCUGGAUUUGGAGUAUUUGCAGCGGCCGAGUUACUGCGACGCGGGCUUUGCUUUGGAGCAAAUCACCCAGGGGAAGGCGACGGGGAGGAAAGCACCUCUUUGGCUGAGAGCGAAGUUCCAGAGACUUUUAUUCAGGCUGGGCUGUUACAUACAAAAGAACUGCGGGAAGUUUUUGGUCGUGGGCCUUAUGAUUUUCGGAGCUUUCGCCGUGGGCCUAAAGGCAGCUAAUUUGGAGACGGACGUGGAGAAACUCUGGGUGGAAGUCGGCGGCCGCGUGAACCGGGAACUGACGUACACGCGGCAGAAUAUAGGCGAGGAGGCCAUGUUUAACCCUCAGCUGAUGAUCCAGACGCCGCGGGAGGACGGAGCCAAUGUUUUAACGGUGGAUGCGCUGCUGCAGCAUCUGGAGUCAGCUCUGCGAGCCAGCAGAGUCCAUGUUUACCUUUAUAACAGACAAUGGAAAUUAGAAAACCUAUGCUACAAAUCAGGAGAACUAGUCACAGAAACUCCUUUAAUGGAUCAGAUGAUAGAAAAGCUUCAUCCCUGCCUCAUCAUCACCCCUUUGGACUGUUUCUGGGAGGGAGCCAAGCUCCAGUCUGGAAUGAUCUAUCUCCCAGGUAAAGGCCCUUUGCAAUGGACCAACUUGGACCCCCAAAAGGUCCUUGAAGAAAUGGCAGGGGAAAAUCAAAGUUUUGAGGAGAUGUUGGAAAAGGCCGGUAUUGGACACGGCUACAUGGAUAGACCCUGCCUGAACCCUGCUGACCCCGACUGCCCCCUAACGGCGCCCAAUAAAAACUCAACAAAGCCGUUUGACGUGGCGCGCGCCCUGAGCGGCGGCUGCCACGGUCUGUCCAGGAAGUACAUGCACUGGCAGGAGGAACUGAUCGUGGGAGGGACCACCAAGAACGGCAGCGGACCCCUGCUCAGUGCCCAAGCCUUACAGACCAUGUUCCAGCUGAUGACUCCCAAGCAGAUGUUUGAGCACUUUCGGGGCUACGAGGAGGUUUCCCACAUCAACUGGAACGAAGAAAAGGCUGCAGCCAUACUAGAAGCCUGGCAGAGGAGAUACUCUGAGGCGGUGCUGCAGAGUGUGGCAGCAAACUCAUCUCAGAAGGUCUUGUCGUUCACCAGCACCACCCUGGAAGAUAUCCUCAAAUCCUUCUCCGACAUCAGUAUCAUCCGUGUAGCCAGUGGGUACUUGCUGAUGCUGGCCUAUGCGUGUCUGACCAUGCUGCGGUGGGACUGUGCCAAGUCUCAGGGGGCCGUGGGGUUGGCGGGCGUCCUGCUGGUGACACUGUCUGUUGCAGCUGGCCUGGGCCUCUGCUCUCUCCUGGGCAUCUCCUUCAAUGCUGCCACCACGCAGGUGCUCCCCUUCUUGGCUCUGGGUGUCGGAGUGGAUGACGUCUUCCUCCUCGCUCAUGCCUUCAGUGAAACCGGACAGAACAAGAGGAUCCCGUUCGAGGACCGUACGGGCGAGUGCCUGAAGAGGACCGGGGCCAGCGUGGCUCUCACCUCCAUCAGUAACGUCACGGCUUUUUUCAUGGCGGCCCUCAUCCCCAUCCCGGCACUCCGAGCCUUUUCUCUACAGGCCGCAGUGGUAGUGGUGUUCAACUUUGCCAUGGUGCUGCUCAUCUUCCCCGCCAUCCUCAGCAUGGACCUCUACCGACGCGAAGACAGGCGGUUCGACAUUUUCUGCUGCUUCUACAGCCCUUGUGCCAAUCGUGUGAUCCAGAUCGAGCCCCAUGCGUACCUGGAUGGGGCGGAAGGGAGUCGCUACAGCCCUCCUCCAUCCUAUUGUACCCCUCCACCCUCAUAUUGCACGCCUCCCCCGAGCUACAGCAGCCCCCCACCCUCCUACAGCAGCCACGGCUUCGCCCAGCAGACCCAAAUCACCAUGCAGUCCACGGUGCAGCUCAGGACGGAGUAUGACCCCCGGACUCAGGCCUUCUACACCACGGCUGAGCCAAGGUCCCAGAUCUCCGUGCAGCCCAUGAACACAGCUCCGACGAGGAGUAACCCCAGCAACGACUAUUACAGCGGCAGCACCGGCAAUAACAACAAUAACAACAACAACGGCAGCGGCAACGGCAGCAGAGGUAACGGGGGAUCUCGAGGUUCUGCCAACUUCUCCCAUCAUCACCCUGCUCCUCCUGCUGCUGCCCCGACCUUGAGCGCCAGCUCGCCCCGUCAGGGUGACCCUGCCUCAUCGACGGGCCAGAGCCCCGAGAACAACAGCUCCACCCGGGACCUGCUGUCCCAGCACGGAGAGGGCUCCAUGGGCCUGCGGUGCCUCGACCCUCCCUGUUCCCGCUGGACCCUGUCCUCUUUUGCGGAGAGGCACUACGCUCCGUUCCUUCUGCAGCCCACCACCAAGGUGGUGGUGAUUGUGCUGUUCUUCUGCCUGCUGGUCGUCAGCCUCUACGGGACCACCCAGGUGAGGGAUGGCCUGGAGUUGACGGACAUUGUGCCCAGAGAGACCAGCGAGUACGACUUCAUCGGGGCCCAGUUCAAGUUCUUCUCCUUCUACAACAUGUACGUGGUGACACAACGGGCCGAUUACGCCCAGAAACAGCCUCUGCUGCACCAGCUCCACCAGAGGUUCCACACCAUCCGCUACGUGCUGAAGGAGGACAACGGGCAGCUGCCCCGUAUGUGGCUUCACUACUUCAGGGAAUGGCUGCAAGGCCUCCAGCAGGCGUUUGACAAGGACUGGGAGGCCGGCCGCAUCACCUCCAACAGCUACAGGAAUGGCUCCGACGAUGGCGUUCUGGCCUACAAGCUGUUAGUGCAGACUGGACGCAGGGAGAAGCCCUUCAACCUCAACCUGCUGACUCGUCACAGGCUUGUGGAUGCAGAUGGGAUCAUCAAUCCUGGGGCUUUCUACAUCUACCUGACCGCCUGGGUCAGCAAUGAUCCUAUGGCAUACGCUGCCUCGCAGGCCAACAUACGGCCGCAUCCUCCCGAGUGGCUCCACGACCGUACCGACUCCAUGCCUGAGACACGCCUCAGCAUCCCGGCUGCUGAGCCCAUCGAAUACGCACAGUUCCCCUUCUACCUCAACGGGCUCCGGGAAACGCCUCAGUUUGUGGAGGCCAUCGAGAGCGUGCGCGCCAUCUGCAGCAACUACAGCCGACAAGGCCUGCCCUCCUACCCCAACGGCUACCCUUUCCUGUUCUGGGAGCAGUACGUCAGCCUGCGCCACUGGCUCCUGCUGUCCAUCAGCGUCGUGCUCGCCUGCACCUUUCUGGUCUGCGCCCUUUUCCUGCUCAACCCGUGGACCGCCGGCAUCAUAGUGUUGGUUCUUUCUCUCAUGACUGUGGAGCUGUUUGGCUUUAUGGGGCUGAUGGGAAUCAAGCUGAGUGCUGUUCCUGUGGUCAUUCUCAUCGCCUCUGUGGGCAUCGGAGUAGAGUUCACCGUCCACGUGGCUCUGGCGUUCCUGACAGCCAUAGGGGAUCGUCACAAGCGAGCCGUGCUGGCAUUGGAGCACAUGUUUGCUCCUGUGCUCGAUGGAGCCUUCUCCACCCUGUUGGGUGUCCUGAUGCUCGCUGGCUCUGAGUUCGACUUUAUUGUCAGGUAUUUCUUCGCAGUGUUGGCCAUUCUAACUGUUCUCGGAGUACUGAAUGGACUGGUCCUUCUUCCAGUAUUACUGUCAUACUUUGGGCCCUAUCCAGAGGUGUCUCCAGUUGAUGGUGGCAGCCGGUUACAAACUCCAUCCCCGGAGGCCCCCCCUCACGUGGUCCACUUCUCAGUCCGCCCUCACCACAACACCGCGGCCACCACCACCACCUCCGGUGCUGCCUCGGACUUGUCGGACUCGGAGUACAGCUCUAACACCACGGUGUCCGGCAUCAGCCAGGAGAUGCAGAACUACAACCUGCCCUCACACAGGGCACAGCCUCGGACGGAGGAGCAACAGUACCACCUCCAGAGCAGCAGGGGCCGGGGGGUCCGGACAGAAGAGGAAAGGAGAGCAGGGUCCGGGCAUAGGCGCUCAGCCAGACAGCCUGAGCCUUCUACCUAUACUGUGUCUUCGUCCUCUCGGGGUUGUGAUUCUGGGGCCCAGCCCAGGACCACUCACCGUAACAGCAGCAGGGACCCCAAGAGCCAGCUGCAUUGGCAGGCCCCGCCCCCAGCCCGCCCGCGCACGGACGCUUUUGAGACGGCUACUGAGGCUGGGGGCCAUCGCGGCUCACACGCCCACAGAGAACGCUCGGCAGGCCGUAGAGCCCGCUCUUCCCACAGCUCGCAGCCGAAUCACCAUCACCUGCCGCACCACCACCCCAACCCCGCCCCCUAUUGCCAACCUAUCACCACGGUAACGGCGUCGGCCUCCGUCACCGUCGCUGUCCACCCGGCCCCGUUGUCCAACCAGGGGCCCCCCGCUCCUUCUUACCCGGGAUUCUCUGCAACAGACAGUUACUGCCCAUCGGGGACGGAGGAGGGCCCCGAGCCUGCCUUCCCGGACCCACACGUGCCCUUGGACACCCACGCGGGGGCCAGAGGGGUCAACGUGGAGGCCAUGGAGCUUCAAGACUGGGAGUUUGAGGCAGCGGACAGCAACAGUGGCAGACGGGCGAGCUGAGUUGUGGAGAAUGGAAGUACAACGGCCAAAGAUGGACUCCUCUGUAUCACUAAGCCCGCUGACCCGGCCUGGCUCAGUCCAGCGUAGCCCUGCUCAGCUCGAUCCUCGGCAGCGAGAAACUGGCCAUUGUUGCCGUCGUGGUGCUCAUUCUUACUGUAACCCAGUGGACUAGUGGCUUAGAUAUUUCUAUCUAUAUUUAAAAGAUGUAUAAAUAUGUAAAUAUGGGCAAAAAGUAGCUAUGAUUUUAGGAGCGUUACAACUCCUCAUAACAGACUGGGGCCGCCAUUUUUUAUGGUGUGUAUGUGUGUGUGUGUGUGUGUGUGUGUGUGCGUGUUUGAGUUAAUGUGUGCAUGCAAAUGUGAGAUAGAGGUACAUCUCUGAUAACUGCUCACUCAUCUGUGGAUCUGUGCCAUUAGGAAGCUUCAUCUAGACAAAAAUACCUGUCAGCAUUCACUGUUGCUGCUCGAAAUAUUUUUUUUUAAACAAUUUACAUUUUUAAUUCUAUGCAAAUGUCUCUUUAAACAAAAUAAGUGAUCGGUUUUUGUAUAUGUUGGUUUGAAUGUAUGUGCGUGUGUAGUGAAGUGUGGGGCUGUAUGAUGAGAAGCUGUCGGAUACACAGAACAGACUAACAUUUACACUCAUUUAACAUUGAGAGAAAUUGUUAGUGAUUAGUGAGUGAUCCAACAGGCCUAUUGUGUAUAUACUGUACAUAUAUAUAUAUAUAUAUAUAUAUAUAUAUAUAUAUAUAUAUAUGUGUGUGUGUGUGUGCGAGCGCGUACUUGUGUGUGUUCAUUAUUGUAUAAAGAUACGCAUGUUAAACUAUUAUUUUUUUUAUCACAAACCUGUGGUAGUUAUGAAACAAUUACUGUUUAACUUGACACGCUAUGCGUGCUAUUUAAGACGAGCAGAUAUGAAGAAAUUUUAAAAGCUGUUUUUGUUUUGUUCUAUUAGUUAUCACCUCUGCAUUGGAACCUGUUUCAGCGCUCAGCUUUGUGUCACAGUCUGUUAGGCUGCCCUCUGGUCGCAUUUUACUGUAAGCGGUUAUGUAUUGUUUAACCCCAGCAGGCUCAACCCAGGUUCUGUCUCAUGUACUGACACACAAGCAGUAAACUCACCUCAAAAAAAAUCACGCUGUCAUGACAGGGACGUUGACAUGACUGAUUCUGGAACAGGGUCAACACGGGGCACUAACUCUGUCUCGUGGAUAAGCUAAAACUUCAUUCAACAUGGCACUUGACUGCAAAGUUAAACUUCAUCUGCAGGAAUAUCUCACCUCAAGUAGCUCUUUAUUUCUGUCCAAUCUAUAAGCUAGCCCACGCAGCCUGCUAAGGGAUAAGACCUAUAUGGCCUGACGAUGUGCUCUAUGUGUGUCUCAAUGUACAGUCUAUGUGUAUAGACGUGUGUGUGUGUGUGUGUGUGUGUGCUGGUGCAUCCUCUCACUCUAUCUUGGCUCUCCUUUAGACACCAUGAAGACAACUGGCCCCAAUUCGGCAUCAGCCGUCCACACUGACCACAGCUAAUAAAAAUGUGCCGAGGCACUAAUUAGACUUCGCUCCCAAAAUGCACAACCCAGAGCCUCAGGGGUCAGAGUUCAGACUGCCAGCCCCCCUCCUUACCAGCAAUGGCCAGUUUACAUGUGUCUUUGUCAGCAUGCAUAUCGGUAACCCCUCCGGUUACAGACCCGGCCCCCUCUGACCCCGCCAGUCCCCCCCGCCCCCUCCCACACACACCGGAUUGCCUCCGCCUUUACUGUUGGACACGUAAAGCUCUUCCCAGAAGUCUUUCAGUCCAGCAGUUUUUCUCCCCAACACAUUUCUUCAGCUGCUUGCAUGAAAUAGGUUGUUCUGUUUGUUUUUUUGUGUUUGUUUUUUUUCUCCCAAUGUCACAUUGGCAGUAGCGGAGAGACUUGAUAGCUGGCAACUAUUUUAUUCAUUUUGAAGCGUUUUUUUGUUUGUUUCUGUUUAACGUUCAAUUGCGAUAUUUAUAUUUUUGUAAUAUAAAAUAUUUGUUUUAUUUUCUUUUGUUUUUGUCAUGAUGCCAGUGGAUAACAAAUGCAGGGAUUUUUAUGUCUAUUGAAAAAAACUAUUACAGUUUAAUGUUUUUACAUUAAUGGAGUUUGAUCUGUAUAAAGUGCUUACUAAUGUUAAAUAGGAAAAAAGAGUAUAUAACAUUUUACACUACAGGUCUCAUCAUAGCUCUUAGAGGAUUUUAAAAGGAAAAAAAAUCAGUGGUUCUUCCAGACUGCCAUUUUGGUCUUGGUUGGCGUGGAUGUAUGCUGUUUUCAGUUACAAAGAUAAAUGUAUGCCAUAUAAUUUAUUUAUAUGAAAAUUUAUUUUUGUAGUGUACAUAGUAGUUGUCAAGGUAUUUGACAGAAGUAUAUUUUUAAAGAGUUUAUAUGUAAUGAUAUACCAUAACAGAAAAAAAAACCUUAAGGAGCACACUUUCACUGCUAACCGUCUUGUGAGACAACAUCUACACCUCCCCUUCAGUAUUAUGUUCCGAUCCUUGGAGAGAGACAGCUGUUUCCAUGGCUUUGUCAAAGGCUUAGCCAUGAAAGUAGAAAAUUGUACUAGCUCUCUAAAUAUUAAUGUUCAAACACUGAUAGAAUUCUAACAAAUAAAAAUAUUAUAACUUAUUUGUCUCUUUGUUCAUAACUUUAAUAAAUGGAUUCUUAAAACGA